AUGGCCACAGGCGUGUCAAUCACGCCUGCGCCGGCUCUUGCUCCCUCGCCGGCUACCAGAGCAUCUGUCGCACCAUCGCCAGGGCCUGGCACACCCGGCUCAAUCACAUCAAAGGAAUGGGUCAUUCCACCUCGUCCAAAGCCUGGCCGUAAGCCUGCUACUGAUACCCCACCUACUAAGCGCAAGGCGCAGAACAGAGCGGCUCAGAGAGCUUUCCGGGAGCGACGCGCUGCACGAGUUCAGGAGUUGGAAGAACAGAUGAAAGAAGUCGAGGAUGGCCAUGACAUUCACGUGGCUUCUUUCCGCGAACAAAUUUCUCUCCUCUCACGGGAGAUCGAGACUUGUCGUGAUGAGGUGAAAUGGUGGCGGGAUCGAUGCCACUCCCUCGAGCAGGAGGUGUCGAUUGAAAAGAGUGCAAAGGAAGCUCUUAUCAAGCAAUUGCGAGAUUCUUUGAACAGCUCGAACAACCUUCACCCAUCUAAUAUGCCCGAUUCAGUACCUUUGCCUCCUCGUACUCGCUCGACCCGAAGCUCCCGAAUGGAGGGGGUGGUUACUGCUAACCCUGACACAAAUAAGGAGGGUGACCACAUCCCACUUGGUUGCACAGACUGUUCAUCCGCUCACUGCCAAUGCAUUGAGGAUGCCUUCGGCAUGCCUAUUGAUAUUGAUACUCACGAGUCUUACCGUCCCAGACAUCCUCCUCAUGGAGUCGGCAGCCCGGAACGUGAGCUUUCUGAGCCUAAAAUCAAGCCCGAUCCCGAAGAGAUGGAGAUUGACUUCACUGCUCGAUUUGCCGGUGCCCCAGUGGUCCAGUCAACCGCAAAUAUCAACCACAACAACAGCAAUAACAACGCCAAUGUGUCAUCGCCACCUGUGGAUCCCUGCGGCUUCUGCCAGGAUGGAACUCCCUGCAUAUGUGCCGAGAUGGCUGCCCAGGAAGAGCAGCGCCACGGUAACUCUUUCUCGCAGAACCGCCUCGCUCCCAUCCAGUCUAUCUCUCAAUUCACUCCUCCGCCAUCAGAUAGUGAUGUGACUAUCGCAUAUACUGACGUGACUCUCCCGCCGCUCAGCGAAGCUACAAACCCUUGUGCCAACGGCCCUGGAACUUGCGCUCAGUGCCUUGCAGAUCCUCAAAGCACUCUGUUCUGCAAGAGCUUAGCCGCAUCUCGCUUGGCAAGUGGCUCUUCCUCGGGAGGAGGUUGCUGCGGUGGUAAGGGAGUCGAUGGCGGAUGCUGCAUGUCACGUAAUGUCCCUGCCAACCCUGCCCCUGUUGCACCUAAGCCUAAGCCCAAUACUCCUAAUGCGCUCACAUUGAGCUGUGCCGAUGCAUUUACCACACUCUCACGCCACCCUAACUACUCCCGCGCUAGUGACGAAAUUUCAACUUGGCUGCCAAAGCUACACCCUCUGCCCAAUGCACGGGAAUUGGCUGCUGCUCACGAUAGCCGCGCAGCUAUGGAAAUCGAAGCAGCUAGUGUAAUGGGAGUGCUCCGCUACUUUGAUCGACGCUUCGCCGACAAUUAA